CGGCACGGAACGAGUGGAGACGGGGAGAGCGCUGAACUGCUGAAUAUUUUAUCCCCUGGACUAUUUUUGUGGCAGAUUUCGUGCCCCCGGUUCCUCGGACGAUAAACGCGUGUGUGUGUGUGUGCUUGGGGGGAGUUGAAACCGGGGUUGACAUACAAAAUAGAGGAGAAGAGCUCUCCUUUUUUUUGUCCCUUUUCCGCUGCUGCCGCCCCCUCCCUCCCUCCGCUGAACGCACGCACACACCGGCCCGGGCCAGCCGAGGACUCCCAAAUCCUACCGGGCAUCGAGGCUGGCACUCGGCGGGGCACCGAGAUCUCUGUCCCCGCUCUGAUUGCCCUGCUGCCCCGCUGGUGGCGGGCUCUUUUCCUCCCGACGCUUCUACCGGCGAGACAUCGGCUCUGCUAGACUUUCAUACCCUGUGGUGCUGGGCAGAGCGUUAUGGCUCAGACGCUGCAGAUGGCGAUCCCCAACUUUGGCAACAACGUCCUGGAGUGUCUGAACGAACAGCGGCUGCAGGGCCUCUACUGUGAUGUCUCUGUGGUUGUCAAGGGACACGCCUUCAAGGCCCACCGUGCAGUUCUGGCAGCCAGCAGCUCCUACUUCCGGGACCUGUUCAACGCCGGGGGGAAGAGCUCGGUGGUGGAGCUGCCCCCGGCCGUGCAGCCGCAGAGCUUCCAGCAGAUCCUGGCCUUCUGCUACACAGGACGCCUCAGCAUGAACAUUGGAGACCAGUUCCUGCUCAUGUACACCGCCGGCUUCCUCCAGAUCCAACAGAUCAUGGAGAAAGGCACAGAGUUUUUCCUCAAGGUCUCAUCUCCAAGCUGUGACUCCCAGGGUCUCCACACUGAGGAGACCCCACCCUCUGAGCCUCAGAGCCCUGUCACUCAAACAGUGGCAGGGGGCGGAGUCGGUGUUGUUGCCACAGCCGCAGGAAGGCCUUCCUCUUGUCUGACGCCUCUACCCCUGGUGUCCAAGGUGAAGACGGAGCAGACAGCCACCACACCUCAGCCCACCCCACAGCCGCAGCAGCAGGAGGGCUCUCCCUACUCGGUGGUCUGCACCCCUGUGGCCAAACGGCUGUGGGAAGGGGGCAACCGUGACGGGGGAGGGGGGUCUGGAGGAGGCGGAGGAGGUGGGAUGAGGAAGGCUGCACGUUACUCUUCCUCCUCCUCCUCCUCCUCGUCCUCCAACAACACUACCCAGGAUGCCUCUGGACGUGGACCUGCGGCCAAUGCUGGGGUGGUAGGUGGCGGCAGCGCCACUUCAGUGGGAGGAGCCGGACUCAACAGUAACCAUAACAACAAUAACAACAACAACGGUGGGACCCCUGAGGGCACGAGCCCGGGCACACUGAGCAUGUACACCAGUGACUCGCCGAUCAGUUACCACGAUGACGAGGAAGAGGACGACAUAGCGGACGAUAGCGCCGAAGAGCAGUACAGACAGAUCUGCAACAUGUACACCAUGUACAGCAUGCUGAAUGCCGGAGCAGCAGUGGUCGGGGAGAGGGUGGAGGCCCUGCCGGACUUGGCCCCAGACUCGGGCGGCGGGCGGGGAGGCAGGGGGGCGCGGUCCCGGCAAGACCUGGCGUCGCUGCCCGCCGAGCUCAUCAGCCAGAUCGGGAACCGCUGCCACCCGAAGCUGUACGAGGAGGGAGACCCGGCCGAGAAGCUGGAGCUGGUGAGCGGCACCUCUGUGUUCAUCUCCCGUGCCCAGCUCAUGAACUGUCACGUCAGCGCCGGCACCCGCCACAAAGUGCUGCUCAGACGCCUGCUGGCCGCUUUCUUUGACAGGAGCACUCUGGCCAACAGCUGUGGAACUGGCAUCCGCUCUUCGACCAACGACCCAAGUCGUAAACCCCUGGACAACAGAGUUCUGCACGCUGUCAAAUUUUACUGCCAGAAUUUUGCGCCGAGCUUCAAGGAGAGCGAGAUGAACGCCAUUGCGGCCGACAUGUGCACCAACGCCCGCCGUGUCGUCCGCAAGAGCUGGAUCCCCAAGCUCAAACUGUUGAUGGCCGACAGCGACGCCUACUCCGCCUUCCUGGCCGACAGCGUGAAGAUGGAGGCCGACGCGCUGGGGGCAGAGCAAGGCUUUGACCCUGCCUCCCUGGAAGCCGUGGCGGCGGCAGCGGCGGCGGCCGCCAACAGUAAUGAAGCAGGAGGUGGAGUCACGCCAGCAGACACCCUCCAGGGGGCGGGAGGAGACGGCAGCACUUUGUUUUGAGUGAGUGAACGGACAGAUAGAUGAAUGGACAGAUGGACAGAUUGAUGGAGGGAAGGGAUGGCAUUUCUCUGGGGUGAUGAGUAGAGAAUGGUGGCCACUGUGGUCAUGGUGACAGUUUUCACUCCUCCCCUCGCUGCCAUGCAUUUGGGGAUCUGUUUUUUCUUUUACACAUCUUUCAGUCAGUUUGUUCUGCUUUUCUUCCUUCGUUUGUCCACAUUUCCGUCUCUCUCCACGGCCCAGAAUGCCUCAUUUCGCGUUGUUCCUCCCUCCUUUUCUGGUGGAGAGAGAUAGAAAGGCAGCAGGGAAAGGUAGCAGAGGGAGGCAGUUAGUACACCCCACCCUCCCACCUCCUCCUCCCGCUGCAACCUUUCCAGACCUGAUAGUUUCAGCCUUUAUUUUUGAUGUUUUAAAAGUGCGUGCUGUCAAUGAGGCCCUUUUCUUACCACAAUCAAUCACAGACAUUCCCUGGGGAGGGGGGGGUGGGGGGAGGGGUAAUCCUGUUUUGAGAAAGUGAUAUUUCCUUUCCCAAACUCCAGUAACACUGUUGUUUUGAUAUUGAAUGUAUGCGUGGCGAAGCAUCCGAACCGCAGCGUUGCAAGUCAGUGGAGGCUGAGUGACAUUGUAGAAAGCCCUUUUUCUUUCUUGUUUUUUUAUUUGUUGGUUUGUUUUGUUUUUGUUUGUUUUUUUUUGUUUUUGCUUUACUGCAUCUGGAGGGCCAGAUGAAAGCUUCUCUGAAAGCGUGGGGUUGAUGAGGUCAGGGGUUGAAAUGAAUAUUAAUAUGUAUAUUGGCAUGGUUUAUGAUCUCCCCGACCUCUGGCCGACCCCCAAGAACCCUGCUCUUUAACUCCUGCCGGGCAUGCUGGGAAGCUGACUCACCAGCCGCUAGAGAAAUGCUCGUGAAUUCUCACGGACUUUGUCGGGAAGCUGGUCAGCAGUUUCAUUUGUUAGCGAGUGUUUGGAUUUGUCGGCCAGUGUAGUGGCAGACUAAAAAAAAAAAAAAAAAAACAGUAAGAUUUGCUUGACUAAACCCCCCCAGCCUUUCCUACUUUUUGACCCUUAAACAAAAAAAUUUACCCAUUUCAGUUUGUUUACUUUUUCUGUUUAAAUUUUUCCUUUGUGUGGGUUUUUGCCAAGGCUCCUUGUUACCGAUGAUUGUCAAAGAGUUUGCACUGUGUUAUUUCCUGCGGUAUGAGUACAAUCGAACUACGUUUUUGUACGUAUAAGAAAGAGAAAAGGGGUGGUUUUAUUUAAAAAAUGAAAAAAAAAAAAGAAAAAACAUUAGCUAAAAUCCAAUUUAUAUCUCCGUUUAUCACCCUUUUUUUUUUUUUUUUUUUAAAUCUGAAGGAAAGUCAAGAAAUAUCCAAAAGCAAAUUUCUGCCUGUGAUCUUAGGAAUGGGUUGUGUGUGUGUGUGUGUGUGUGCGUGUGUGUGUGUGUGUGUGCUGAUACAGUGGCAAUGCUCUAUUGUUUUCAACUCAUUUUAAAUUGUUUUCCCUACGAAUAUUCACAGCCAUGCCCGUUAGCAGCACAAGUUUCCACAGGCUCGCUGCCUGGAUGCGUGCUCGCCUGGCAUGGACAAAGGUGCUAAUUCAAGCAUUGGUACAUGGCAAGAAAUACGGCUCUGUGUGUGUGUAUGUGUAGGUGUGUAUUUAAGCAGCCACACAGUUUGUUUGUGUGCUGCAACUGAGAGAGAGAGAGAGGGAGAGAGAGAGAGAGCGCGGGAGGCCAGACGGCGUGUUUUCACACACGCUUGGUCGAUUAAUUCACCCAUCACUGCAGUGAGCACACAUACAUGCUAAUACGCAUUUGGGCGCUGUCAGCUGCAUCGGCUACAGUACACCACAGCGACGUGUGAAUUAAAGGGGAAUUACACCGAAGCAGACCUGAGAGGCUGCUGCUUGUCACAUGUAGGCAGUCAGCUAAACUUUGUCCUGUGUUUGACGAGGCCACAGUCGAUCGGUUUGAAAAGGUAAACUUCCACUGAACUUGCUGAAAGUUUUGUUUGUUGGUUUGACAGCUAGGUGCCCGGCUUUAUGUGAGCUGUUCAGAAUUAUAAAGACAAAAGCUGCCAAAUAAUGGAAAUCACAGAAAGGUUUUGGCAUAGAAACAACCCUGAAAGUCACAUUUGCUUUUGAUACUGGCACGGCUGAAUGGCAGCUUUUAGAAAAAAGUAUAGAAGUCGAUCAUUUAUCUUUACAGAAAAAAAAACAACCAUUUGACCUCCAGAAUACAGCCGAUUCAGUUUGAGGUUGAAUACCAGGGCUCCAGGUGAACUUUUUGAUUUUGUUGCCACUGAUAUUUUGGUCCUCAGCAGCAUCGUGGUGUCUCAAAUGGAUGUUCAGAUGUUCCAUCCACCGGAUUUUAGUUUCAGUGAUUCAGUGAGAGCUCAGUCUCAGUCUUUUAAUCAUAAACUCAAUCCCAGACAAUCAAUAUAAAGUCAGUCUUCCCUUAUGAGAGAUUUCACACCUCUGUGUGUUUGGCAUUAGAGAAUGAUGAGGCUAAUGAAAGGAGGAGUGUGAAUAACAUGAGAGCAAAGGUAGCCAGUGGUAAAUUAAUGUGCUCUAUCUUAUGAUCAGUCCCCAAACUAUGGCAGAUUCAGACAAAUAUCAAAUCCUCUUUUAGGCCAAUGAUGGGGACUGGUGGUAGACUGACUUGUUGAUUACAUCCAGGCCACAAAAGGCGGUUUAUUGCCUCACGCCAAGGUGCAGUGGCACAGUGCUGGUGUGCGCUUGUUCUGUUAAAGUAUGCACUGCUCUGAGACCAGAGCAGUGCAACUGAAGAUGGUGACUGUUGUGAAGUCUUUAAAAUGUCACGCGAGCCAGUUAUCGGUCCCCACCUUUCAUCUCCGUAACUUAAAAUCAGGAACGCUGAUAAUAAAGCUUAGCUGGUCCUGAACUAAACUACUGAUGGUAACGAGUGAAAGAAGAAAUCAGGCUGAGGACUGCGGGCAUCGGUCGUAUUACAGUGUGAAGUUUUCAGGUACAGUGAGCUGCCAGUAGUUAUCCAGUGUGACGUUAUUAAGAAACUGGUGACAUACCAACAUCCAUUUUGGUGAUUUAUCUUUUAUUGAAAGUUUGGAUCGCUUAUUUAUCACUGCGUAAUGAAAACAUAAAAAUAAAUAUUUUGUAAGUGGCACUAAGAUGAUGAAAGUUUCCCUCUGGAGCCCCGAAAGCUGAAUUCUGGCGACUUAUUAUUAAUUAUUAUAACUAGUGAACUAGUUGUCCCGAAGAUUGUCAGUCUGCUGUGGUGGAUCGGGCACAGUGGUCAGUGGAUACCACCGUAUUACUUUCUUACUGAAAGGAAAUGUCCCGUGUCAGCUGCAGGGGGCAGCAGUCUGCCGUCAAUGUCGUGUUUAGUGCCGCGAUGGUUAAAAAGAGAAUGCGUCGAGUGUUAAAUCUGAAAAAUAAUCCAGCUCCUACAGGAUCAGCUGCUUACAUUCACUUUUAAAUGAUCUGAUUUCUGCUGUUUUUAUGUACCACUGUGUUCAACAUGCAUAUCUGCCAGAACCAAACGUAUUGGUACAUUGGAUUACUGUUGCCUGGUGUGAAAAAACAUCAUAUCGUAUCAGAAAGAGCUGUGUUUUUUUUUUUUAAGCAUCUCCAGGACUCAAACUUUAAAUCCCAAAUAACAACACAUAUUAUAGAUUUGUUUUAUUAUAAAUUAGAUUAUAAAUUAUUCAUUUUUUGUUUUCUUUUAUGAAUAUUUGGCCUGUUUUAGUGGGGGCUUUUUUUCCCCUUAAAAUGAGAAGAAACCUCAAGCACCUUAAUGCCAGUGUGGCAGAAAGUGGGCAAGUGGAACUGUUCAGUGUCACUGUUACAGGUUUAUAAUGAUGUUUGCGCCACACACACACACGCACACACCGAUCCUGAAGUUGAAGGGUCUGUUGUUAAAUUGCCUCGUAACACAGAAAUGGGGCUGCACACAAUCAGAGCAUUGAAACCCCCCAGAGAAGAACCAAAAAUCAGCCUCUGAGGCGUCGUCUAACCGGUCUUCAACUGAACCAGUUUUUUAGACCAGUGUUAUUAAAAAAAAAAAAAAAAAUGUGCUUGUUUUUUACGACCUGGCUUUUAAGGAAAGAUGUUUACUUGACUUGUUUUUUAUAUAUAUAUUUACAUGUAUAUCAAGUUUUUUUUUUUUUUUUUUAGUAUUUCUUUUGAAAAAAAAAAAAGGCUAUCAGUCAAAGAACCCUUGAUCCUGAGACGAGCACCUAAAGGGCGAGAGGGGGAAGUGGGAAUUUAGGAAGGUAACUGGGGGUAUCAUUGUUUUUAAUCCCAGCCCUGCCCCACCCUCUAUUCUGGAGCACAUGGUACGAUCCGUGGAGACUUAACCAAGUUCAGUUACUGAGGACAGAUGCAAGAACAAGUGUGAGAGAUAAAGAAAGCAAAAGAAUAAAAAAAAAAAUGAAGAGAGGCAGAGAGGAGGGGGGGGGAGAAAGAGGAGACAAUUUGCACAUUAUUGUUUUGUUUUCCUUUUAAAAAAAAAUCUUUUUAUUCCAAUGCUUUGUUUAAAACCGCCGCCUUAAGUAAGAAAAAAAUUCUGAGAGAGAUAGAGAGGGAAGAAGAGGACAGUCUGAGCCUCCCUCGAGAGGAGGGACGAAUGAGGAGGAGGAGGAGGAGGGAGGAGGAGGGGGGUGGCUGGGACGCUCGGAUGAUUUGGUGUGAAUGCAUGCAUGCAUACUGGUGUGUACGUACGUGUGUGUGUGUGUGUGGGGGUUUUUUUUUGCAGGGUAGGUUUAGGAGCUGUUUGUAAAGGCUUUGUGUGCGUGUGCAUCUGUGGGUGAACAUACUGCGUGGGCGUAUUUUUAAUGUUUGUGUGUGUGUGUGUGCAUAUUAAUGUAUGUACGCAGUUUUUUUUUUUCCCUCUCCUCUCGCUUCCCUCCAUCUCCAUUUAUGGCAUGUUAAUGUCUGCCUCCUCACUCGACAGAGCUUUUGACAGUGGUACAGUGUGUGUGUGUGUGUGUGUGUGUGUGUGUGUGUGUGUGUAAUGCGCAUGCCUAUGCCAGGCUGGGUCUGCCUGCGUCUCGAUCUAUGUGCUGCAUACGUGUGUGUCUGGCUUCAUGUGGCGACUGCGCAUGUCUGUCACUGUGUGUGGGUGGUUUGGGUGCUCAGCUCUGCAAGGUCUGUAUAUGUAUGCGCGCGCGUGUGUGUGUGCAUGCGUGUGUGUGUGUGUGUGUGUGUGUGUGUGUGAGUGGGUGGUAUGUGCGCAGAGGUUGAGAUGACUGGCUGUUUGUUUUUGUCUGCCUCAGAGAGCGGCAUACCUUUUUUUUUUCCCCUCUCUGCCUUACACACACAUCUGCAGAGUCACAUAUCCAUAUCCACAGUACAGAGUCUAUACAUGUGUGCCAUAUCAAAGCUGCAGAUAUAUUGCGGCCAUCGUUGCACAUUGUGGCUGCAGCACUAUUGUCCCCCUGACAAGCAUUUUUUUUAAAUAAAAAUCAUUUAAAUGUAAAAUUUCAAACAGAGACUGAGCGCUUCUGUCGGCUGCUCUGUUCAGUUUUUUUUUUUAUCCUACAGAUUCCCUCCCUAAAUAUCCCGUCGCCGCCUGGUAAACAUCCUGUACUCCUGCACGAGGCAGCAGCACAACCGCAGCCCGGACACUUAGACACUUUUUCCCUCCAUCUCUUGUUUUUUUUUUUCUUUUUAAAUCUCAGUUCUCUUUUACCUUCCUCCGUCUCUGUCCUCGACUGCCUCUCCACUUUUCUCUGUUUUCUAUUUUCUUUUGUUUACAUCUCUUUUUGUCUCAUCUCAUUAUGUACAUGUCUCCCUCUCUCUCUCUCUCUCUCUCUCUCUCUACCCCCAUCACACCACACACACACACACACACACACACACACACACACUCACAGGAAGGAGCUAAAUAGUGUUGGUCCCUUGUUGCUUCAUUACGUGAACCAUCAUUUUCCAUCUACCGCUGCUUCAUUUCUGUGUCGACUCCAUUUUCCUCAUAGAAUGGGAGCCCCUGCCAAAUUCUCACCCGUAUAUCUGUGUCCCCGUGUGUGUGUGUGUGUGUGUGUGUGUGUAUGUACGUGUGGGUGAGCGUUUGCUGUCUACAACAACAACAGAUGGGGCUGCCAAAUAUGUUGCUGCGUGUGUGUGUGUGUGUGUGCACGUGCAUACAUGUGAGCUGUUUGAAUGCAAAUAUGCAACUAAAUGGGCGUAGGUACGUUUGACCAGGCACAUCAGUGCAUUGUGUGUGUGUGUGUGUGCGUUCGUGCUGCCCACCCCCCUCUCACCGGGACACUGUGGUCCGAUUGUGUAAUUUUUGUGUUUACUGCACUUUUAAUAAUCAGACUAUUGAUGAGGAAGGUCUUUCUGUCCCUAUAUUCCGACCAAUCAGAAUGUCCACGUGAGAGACGCAGCCAAUCAUGAAGCGAAUAUCGACCAGACUGUUGAACCAAGUGACCAAGUGUGGUUAAAAAAAAAUAAUUCUAAUCAUCCUAGACUUGAGUAGUGAGGAGGAGGAGGAGGAGGAGGGGGGUUCUUUUCUUCCUGAGGAGGAGAUGUUUGUUAAGAAUCUCCCAGGACAGAUGAGGCAUUGCGGCAGUCUGCCGUCACAUGAGCGAAGCCACAAUCCAGACAAAGAGUGAGAGAAGUAAGAGAGAGGAGACUAAUGACAGGGAGGAGGAGGAGGAGGAGGAGGUGAUCGUCUCUGGCCCUGUGCCACCAAGAUAAAUACCUGGGUGCUUGUUUGUUUAUGUAGCGUGGCGUUUUGCAGAGGUGUGGAGUCGGAGGCUGAAUAAAUAAAUGGUAGAUUUGCCUUAAAAUCCCCUAAGAUGACCCCCCAGCAAGACAAGCAGCCACUUAGCGGCCGCAAAUGGAGAAAUCCAGAGAAAGAGUAAAGCUUCCUAAACUUUGGCUAAGAUUUUGUCUGGAGAACAUGAAAUAUUAGCUUUUUUUAUUCCCCCACAAAGUUGAAAUUGCACUAAAUAUCUGUAAAAGAGUGGAAAAACACGUUUAAUGUCCAGAAACAAUUUUGGCUGAAUGUUUUACCCCGCUUUCCUUUUGAGCACUGCGAUAUGAUAAUGUGAAGACAAUUUUCCUGCAGCUGCAGAGGUGAUUUGGCCUCGUAAGGCAGUCAGUUCGCCCAGCUGUUAGAUUAAGACAUUUUUAAACCAGUUUGUCAAAUUUCAGGACAAAAAGUCAUGAAAACAAGAGGCAGAGCAAUCAACAAAUCAAUAAUAGUUAAACGCAGCUUUUGUUAAAAUCGUCCAGUUACCCCAAAAAUAUCAAAAAUGCAUGUUUCUGAAUUGUGUCUUAUUUUCUGAUGACCCCUUGGUUUCCUCUGCAGGCAGGGAACCUCUGUAGCCGUAGUAUUAGAGCUCAGUAUUGUUUUUACAAAAAGUCUCAGUGUCAGCUUUAACCCUCUAACACAGGCGGGAAACCAAGAUAAAAGUUUAAAGUUUUGUAAUUUUGAAAAAUGAUUUUCGUUGCUGUGCAAGAUUUUGAAAAGAAAAGAAUGUAGAAGUGAUAGUGCAGGGUUAAGGCAGAUCCAUCGCGCUCUUUGUCCGAGAUUGCGCUCUGUUGGUGCUCGGCCUGUUCUCCCGGGGUGUCGGGUCGUCUGGGUGCACGGGGUUUCGAACUGGGUUUUACAUCCAGGGAUUUGAAGAUAAAGUUAAGAAAAAUUUGGUGCGUUUCCAACAAGCACAGCGAAAGGGAUAUUUUCUUUAAUAUCUGUCUGUGUCUUAUUUUAUUUCCUCUUUGAUUUGGAGGAAACGUUACAAGCCAGUAGCUGGAUGCUGCUGAGAGGAGAAAGGAGAGAAUGAGUUUCAUAAGGAAGUUUUGAACACUCCUCUGCCCUACAGAGAGCAAAAACUGCAUCUGCCCAGUGCGGUGGGCCGUAAAUCACAGAAUAAUUUUUUUUUUUUUUUUUUUUUCUUUUAUGAAACACAAAAUGCACCUGUGACUUUUUAACCUUUUGAAAGUCAUCACAGGUUAGAUCUUUUUGCCUCUAUGUAGGGCAGCUAUGUCUGAGCACAGAUGUAUGACUAAAGGUUGAGCGGGGCCAGAGAAGACAUUUUUAUGUUUUGUUUUGUUUUGUUUUUUAAAGCGAUACAUGUUUGUCGCACUUUUAGAAGAGCUUUGUACACAUUUCAGAAUUUUUCUUUUCGUUUUACAGUUUCAUUUUCUGUUGCUAUUGUGUUUUUGUUUUCUACUUUUGAGCUAGUGUACUGUAGUCCUUGAAAGUUAUUUUAAAGGAGAUGCUACUAAUAAUUCAACAUUAACACCUGUAUGUAGAGUUGCCAAGUUGUGUUAAAAAAAAAUUUAAAAAAAGAGAAAGUGGAGACAUGGUUUAGCUGUAAAAUAGUUUAGAGAAAGAGAACCACAUAUUUUUGCAUUGCGAUUGUUGUAUGACUGAGGUGCUGCAGGUGGGAGGGUCGAGGGUUGGGGUUUUAAUGCUGGACCAGAUGUUUGGUUUUUACUGUGCUGCAGCUGUUGUCGGGGCAGGAUCAGGACCUGCAGAAAGCAGAUGGACGGGCCGACUGAUAAACAGAUGGACAGUCGAGGCAAACAAAAUGCUGACGGGCUCACUUCAUUUUUAAGGCUACAAGUCUGAAUGUCUGUUUUU